AUGGCCAAUAUGCAUACUAUAAAAGAUCUUAGUUUAGGCUAUUAUCUUAGUAGUGCCUGUGAAAUAGAGCUUGAGGAGGCAUUACGCAUUAGUAGUAAAUCUGUUUCUAAGUUUACUAAUAAAUACAAUGACUUGCUAGGGGUGUAUUCAAAUUUUGAGAAAAGAUCUAAUAGAGAGAAAGUCAAAUUGAAUCGUAAUUUAAAACAGGCUGACACUAAUAUUGGGAAGCUCUCUAAAC